CGAUGUGCUUCGAUCUUUAUCGACUGACACAGAAGGAUUUCGACUUGCGCGUUGUGGAUGUCUUGCUGUUCAUGUUUUGCACGCUCAUACAGAUAUUUUACUACUGUUGGUACGGGAACGAGGUCAAGCUGAAGAGUCUCGAGGUACCUGGUAUGGUAUUCGAAAGUGAUUGGUUGUCUCUGAGCAACAGGUCGAAAAAGUCACUGCUGAUGAUCAUGGGACGAGCAAGCGUGCCCAUAGAGUUCACCAGCAUCUACUUUCUUUCUAUGGACCUCGAGUCUUUUAAGGCGUUGCUGAAAAUUUCGUACUCGGCGUUCAAUUUGCUUCAACAAACCCGAUAA